AUUAUUUAUGCAAACCUGAAGACAACAUUUACAACAUUGACUUCACCAGAUUUAAGAUCCGGGACCUUGAAACUGGAACAGUGCUGUUUGAAAUUGCAAAGCCAUCUCCUUCAGAGCAAGAUGAUGAGGAUGAAGAUGACAGCAGUGAACUGGACGCUAGUGCAGGCCGCUUUGUUCGUUACCAGUUCACCCCAGCAUUUCUCCGUCUUCGGACUGUCGGUGCAACAGUGGAAUUCACAGUGGGAGAAAAGCCAGUGUCAAACUUUCGAAUGAUUGAGAGGCAUUACUUCCGAGAUCGCUUGCUGAAGAACUUUGACUUUGAUUUUGGCUUCUGCAUCCCCAGUAGCAGGAACACAUGCGAGCACAUCUAUGAAUUCCCUCAGCUCUCAGAAGACCUUAUCCGUCUGAUGGUUGAAAAUCCAUACGAGACCCGCUCAGACAGCUUUUACUUUGUGGACAACAAGUUGAUUAUGCACAACAAGGCCGACUAUGCUUACAAUGGAGGACAGUAAUCAUUCUGUGUCCACUGGAUGCUGUGAUGCUGUUAACCGUUCAGAUAUCCAGGAGUGGACUGGAGUUGCUGUUUUGUGCAGCACGGCUUUUUGCCAAACCUUUUCUCCUUGCAUGAGGCUGAGAACAUGAAGCAAAGACAACAGCUCAUGAAAGCAAAGGAAAUCUCCCUGCAACACUUCUCUGUCUGACACUCGACGUAUCCUGCCUCUCAAGUCUCUCUUUCUGAUUUUCUUCUGGUACCUUGGUUAGGUCAUGGAUCAGAGGCGCUGUUAGAAAAUUCUUGCUGUUACAGUCUUUAUAGUUGGUUGCACUUUUAGUGCUUCUGAUGUUUCACCUGUUUGGUGACUACCCUCUUUAAAGAGAUCAGAUUGUUUGAGUAAGCUAUUUCUUAGCAGGAAAAUUUUCCCCCUUCAAGUAGCCAAUGAUGCCUGAAGAGCAGAUCUCUUCUUCAGUUGGAUAGAUCAUCUCUUUAGUGCACAGUGGUUUAGUUUGUAGCAUGGCUGAUACUGCUUUAUAGGGUGCAUCCCAAUAUUCUCCAGUGGGAAAGAAAAUAAGAGACUAAUUCAGCUCCUGA